AUGGCUCCUCGGCUGUGGAACGACGACGUCCUCCUCCACAUCCUCGACUACCUCGCCCCCUCGUCGUUCCCCGCAACCCGUGAGGACCGCCCGGGGCUCACCGCCCUUGCCCGCUGCGCGAGGUCGAGCAAGGCCCUCUGCGACCCCGCCCUCCGCGUCCUGUGGCGCCAAGUCGACUCACUUUCCGUCGUCACAAGUCGGGCAGCUGCUUUAACCUCAACGCUCGUGGCAGUCAAGAGUUGCCAUAGGCUGACCCAGCUUCUCUUAACACAGGACCUCGUCGAUGAGAUUGAAGACUCACAGUUUUCCCGAGUGCGCUACUACGCUUCCUUCGUAAAGAAAUUGUCCCAUCGCGCCGACUUGGAUCGAAUCCCUCCCGCGGUUUUGGGCCGGUUCAACUACCUGUUAAAAGGCGCUGUGCUCUUUCACAGGCUCCUCAACUUCCACUGGCACCAACGGGUUCUGCUCGACUACGUAGAUAUGCUCUCCCUCGUUCCCCCAACACUCAGAGAGCUCACCCUCGGUGGCAUCCUCUCCUCCGGCACCGACGCAAUGGCGCUCCGAAUGAUUGACCACCACAGUGUCUUCGUAAACAUCAUAAACCAAGUCGCUCCCCAGUUGAACGCCCUCACCCUGUCCGGCUGUAUCCCCUUCUCCUCCAUCCUCGGUUUAGGCAGCCUUCGUAACCUCCAGUCUCUCCGCGUAAUCAACUGCUCCUCCCAUGUACUCCAGCCGACCCACGUUCCCUUUCUGCAGUCGUGCGCCCUCAUGGACCUCAAGGAAUUCUGCAUCAACCUUACUGGGGAUUCGGAUGCAUUCGAACCAGACACAUUCGAAUGCGGAUACAGCACGCUGCGCACCCUCCGUGUGCACGGCAGUCUUUCUCUCAUCACACGUUUCCUCUCCCACGUUUCCUCCCCCGACCUCGCCGCGUUCAGCGCGUUCGUCUCCCGCCCCGAGAACUGGCAAGAAUUCCGCGACGUCUACUCCACCCUCACCACUCAGUUUUCGUCAUCACUGCGCUCCAUCAGUAUCUCUGGACCAUGGACGGGCUGUGCACAAACGCUGGAAAGCGUCGGCCCUCUGCUCACCCUCCCCCGGCUCGAAGUCAUCAACCUCGUCGGCUGCGGCGUAGCGACGUCGCUCAGUGAACGGGACGUCCAGGCGAUGGCGCACGCAUGGCCACGACUCCAACGGCUCACUCUCCUAUACAACGCGUUGUCGAGGUCCCUCCCCAUCUGGUCCCUCCGUGCAUUCGCCGAGCGUUGCCCCGACCUCCACACUCUCAUCCUCUCUUCUAUCGACCUCCGCACCGCCAGUUCACCGGCCCCCGUUGGCACCGACUCGUCACCGUUCACCUCGAACCACAUGCUCAAGCACAUGUGGCUCACCGGCGAUGUCGAGGCCAACGGCGUGAACGCGAUCCAUGUCGCCCGCGCCAUCGAUAGCAUUUUCCCGAGCCUCGAGCUCGGUCCGUUCGACUGCCCGUGGCAUCCAACGUGGAACGCGCGCAGCUUCCGGCGGACGCUCGAGUGCCUGCAGACAGCCAAGGAGGAGCGGCGGCUGGAGCGGGCUGCGGGCGUCACGCGCGUCGCCGUCGCACCAUCACUGUCCGCCCGGGUGCCCAUCAUCACGCCUCCUGUCGGGGUCUUGUCAGAGGUGCAGGGCUAA